AAAUGUUUUGUCUAUGGUUAAAUAAAAGUACCUUCGCUUUUGUAGUCGCGUUUCAGUAAUAUCAUGGAUAAAAUACUAUUGUAAUUAAGAAAACGUGCCUCUAGAUUUAUCCUAAAACGUGCAGUGAAAGGACUCUUAGAUAUUUUGUACAGUUAUAUGAUUACUUGCUUUCAUUUGACAAAUUGCGCUAGACCGCAUAUUUAAAAUGGCAGCCCUACCACGUAGAAUAAUCAAAGAGACACAGCGACUUAUGCAGGAGCCUGUGCCAGGAAUAAGCGCGGUGCCCAGUGAGACUAAUGCACGUUACUUCCAUGUGAUCGUCACUGGCCCAGAAGACUCGCCAUUUGAGGGUGGACUAUUUAAAUUAGAAUUAUUUCUACCAGAGGACUAUCCCAUGUCAGCGCCUAAGGUUAGGUUUAUAACGAAAAUAUACCAUCCGAACAUAGAUCGGCUCGGUCGUAUAUGCUUGGACAUAUUGAAAGACAAAUGGAGCCCUGCGCUUCAGAUCCGCACGGUGCUGUUGUCUAUUCAAGCGUUAUUGUCGGCGCCGAAUCCGGACGACCCUCUUGCAAACGACGUGGCUGAACUCUGGAAGGUUAAUGAAGGAGAAGCAAUUAGAAACGCCAAGGAGUGGACACGAAGGUACGCGAUGGACAACUGAGCGCCCGUGCUGCCCUGCACACAGCCAUCAGUGCCUCUCCCACGCGUGCGACUAGAGGUGCAACAAGAAACUAACAGAUAUCAUGAUUUUAAGAGUGCAAGUUAUGUUAAACACCUUAGAUCAAGUAACUUGUGAAGAGACAAUUGUGGAUAAAUUUUUAUUAUUAGUGGGCGUCAGUGGUCUUGAACGGCGGCCGUCCACGCCGCCAGGGCCCCCCCCUGCAUUUCUAUGUAGCCUCGCCCCUUACUUGUCUUGGAGCAGACGCAGCGAUGAUCUCCGACAGAUCAUUGUUUAACCAUUCACAUGUAGCUUCAUUACAGUAAUUAGGUAUGCAUAUUUUUUUACUAUCAUUAAAAUAGCAAAUAUAUAAAAUAUCUGGAGACUUAAAUGUAUAUAUUUCAUGGUUACAAAUUUGGUUAAUUUUAUACAAAGGAUAGUGUGUACCGUCACAAAGUUGGAUGUCUUUGUAAGCAUUUUGUCAACACCCUUUGAUUGAGUGCAGAUGUGCUUUUUUAUAUCAGUUAACUGCUGAUCUCUAGUGUUUCUGAAUAUUAAUUUAAUUCUUAAUAGUAUGUAAAAAUAUUUAGCAUUUUUUUUUUCACUGAAUAAGCAACACCUUAAUGAUUUCACUGUG